AUGGAGCCCGGCUUGUACAAACACCUCAUCGGGCGGUCUGUGAACAUAAGCCGUAGUGACGGUCGCAUCCAUUUGGCAACUGUCAAAACUGCUGAUGCGUCCAAGUGCACUGUCAUGGUAGAGUGGCAGGAGAAAGCCAACUGCAGGGGGAAAGAAGUUGAAAUUGGUGAAUUGUGCGCUCUUAACCCUGAAUUGUUAGAAAUUCAAGUUGAGAAUAACAAGGCACAAGAGCUGCAUGCUGCUGCCCCUGAAAAGAAGUAUGAAGGACGCCUGCGGUCAUCACGGAUCCCAGCCUCUGCCUCUUCCUCUUUUCUUCAAAAACCCUCUACCGCUGCAGUGAUCAAAGCUGAAGUGGAAGUGGCCAUUAGGACUCAAGGCAGGCAGACCUGUAAUUUUAAUCCCACAUCCUCUUCGGCCUCAUUGGCUCCGAUUACUGGAUCAGCUAAAUCUGAGCUGUCGCCAACCAGUGGCAUCGUUAAUUCAGGUUUCCCCCCCAUUGCAGCUGAUUCUAUUCAGCGUUUUAAAAAGAAUGAAACUAAGCAACUGACAUCAUUGGCUAUAGCUCGUGAGGCUGCAAAAGAGAACGAAGAACCUCCCCAGCCGGUCAAAGGCAGAAGAAAAUCUGUAGCUCAACCAGAACUAAUCAAGAACAAUAAACGCAUGUCUUGUGUUGUCAAACCACCUGAAAUGCAACCCAAAAGAGGAAAGUUUGGAGAACCAACUCGACCGAAUCAAAAAUUCUAUGAGAUGAUCCAAGAGUUCAGAGAUACUUUGGAAAUUGCACCAAUCUCAAAUACUGACGUGGUUGAGUCUCAGAAGAUUUGUGUCUGUGUUCGCAAAAGGCCACUGAACAAGCAAGAGAACAAUAAAAAGGAAAUAGAUGUUGUGUCUGUACCAGGCAAAGGAGCCCUUUUGGUCCAUGAGCCAAAAACUAAAGUGGAUCUCACAAAAUAUUUGGAAAACCAAUCCUUUCAGUUUGAUUAUUCUUUUGAUGAGAAUGCUACCAAUGACAUGGUUUAUAAGUUUACAGCAAAGCCUUUGGUGAAGUCCAUAUUUGAAGGGGGGAUGGCAACAUGUUUUGCAUAUGGUCAGACUGGAAGUGGAAAGACCCAUACUAUGGGAGGAGACUUCUCUGGCAAGCAACAAAACAGUGCAAAAGGAAUCUAUGCUCUUGCAACCCAGGAUGUGUUCAUCUAUCUCAAACACUGGAGAUACACAAAUUUGGAUUUGUGUGUUUAUGCGAGCUUCUUUGAAAUCUACAAUGGGAAAGUGUAUGACCUGCUGAACAAGAAGGCAAAGCUUCGAGUGUUGGAAGAUGAACGGCAGCAGGUUCAGGUGGUGGGACUGGAGGAAAUCUAUGUCACCUCAGCCGAUGAUGUCAUCAAACUGAUACAGACCGGGAGUGCAUGCAGAACAUCUGGGCAGACAUCUGCCAAUGCAAAUUCUUCCCGCUCUCAUGCCAUCCUUCAGAUUGUUCUACGGCGUAGUGACCGAAACUCUACCUUGCACGGCAAGUUUUCUCUGGUUGAUUUGGCUGGUAAUGAGCGAGGUACCGACGUCAACAGCAAUGACCGCUGCACUUUGGUUGAAACUACGGAGAUAAAUCGCAGUCUUCUGGCUCUCAAGGAGUGCAUUCGUUCACUUGGUAAAAACAGUGAUCACAUACCUUUUCGAAUGAGCACGUUGACCAAGGUUCUAAGAGACUCCUUUAUCGGAGAGAAGUCCAGAACCUGUAUGAUUGCCAUGGUUUCUCCCAGCAUGGCCUCCUGUGAAUAUACAAUGAACACACUUCGUUAUGCUGACAGGGUAAAGGAACUGAAUGGAAAAUCCAAAUGUAAUGGAGGAGCAAUGGUGGAAGUGUCUUCGGAUAUCUCAUUGGAGGAGUCUGCUGAGGAGACCACUGUGUAUGAAGCUAUAUCUCAAGUAGCUGAACUUGAAGAAAAGGCAUUUGUGGAGUUGCAGAAAGCCAACGACUUGGUGUUGGCCAUGCAGCAGACUUCGUACAAUAUAGAGACAGGGUUUUCAGACAUAGUGGAAUAUUCCCAGAAGUUGAUGGACACAGCUUUGGGUCUGAAGUCUGCUAUAGAACAAGAGAGGAUGGCAAGGACCCCUUCUCAAGUUUCAAAUUUGCAUUUCCUGAGGCGUUACCCAGACAUCCGCAUUGAAGGAGAGAACUAUCUUCCCAUUCCCCUGUAUAGGCACAUAGCUUCCUUCUUGUCCGUUUUCAAGCUGCUGGUGAUCGGAAUGAUCAUCAUUGGCAGAGAUCCCUUUGUUCUUUUUGGGAUACCAGCGCCAGGCAUUUGGGAGUGGGGUCAGACAAAUAAGAUAUACGCUUGUAUGAUGGUGUUCUUCUUUAGCAACAUGAUAGAAAACCAGUUGAUGUCCACAGGAGCUUUUGAGAUCACACUAAAUGAUGUGCCUGUGUGGUCCAAACUGGAGUCUGGUCAUCUACCCUCCAUGCAGCAGCUGGUGCAAAUCCUGGACAAUGAGAUGAAGAUGAAUGCUGCAAACCCUUCUAUGAUUUGA